CAGUUAAAUCAGAAAACUGUAAAAGUGACGGAAAAGGAGGAAAUAUGGCUAAUCAGGUCUACUAUCUUAAUUCAACACUGAAAGAAGUCCUUGGCACUGUUUCUUACACAAAACUUGGAUGUUUUGAUUUCACCGAUGCUCACACUGUGCCCAGCCUCGAAGGAGAGGAUUCUUUGUUGGAUGGUUAUUACACAACGAGAAGGGACGCUAUUAGUAAGUGUGGACUGGCGGCUGACAAGCGAGGACAUAGAAUGUUUGUUGUCAUGCCAAGCGGACAGUGUGCAAGUGGUCCUACUACUGAGAUGUACAGAAAGUUUCUACAGUCAGGACACAGUAACGUGGAAUGCACAGGAAUGGCUCUUUGGAGUAGCGUAUACCUUCUCAAUUUUAGCCGGUAUGACGAUAGAGGUGCUAACAAUGUUGAAGUAAUAGUACCGCCUGAGCCGCUAAAAUACACGUCAAUUGGAUGUUUCCUCCAGUACCUUUACAUGGCUGAGAGAUAUCCUCUUCUUGUGAGCUAUGAGGGCCAAGAUCCACUUCUAAAGGAUUUCUACCAACUACGAAAAAAUGCGAUUGAAAAGUGUGCUACGGUAGCCAAGCGACGUGGAUAUAAAGUUUUUGCUCUGAUCAACGGCGGCAAGUGCUUGACUGGCCCUAAAGCUCACACAGUGCCAGUAUUCAAAACGUUCUGGGCUAAGGGAUGCGAAAGCCACGGAAAAGGAAGCUAUCACAAUCUUCACGUUUACGUUGUUGGAGAACUGAGAAAUUUCUUCUCCGCAAUACCAUACACACAACUCGGUUGCUACAAAAACGACAAAAAUAUGCUUGAUAUUGAACAAAUGGACCCAGAUGUUCUUGAUGGUGAUUACAAAUUGAGAAAGGACGCAAUUGGCAAAUGUGCAUUAGCCGCCAUCAAGAGACGCAGUGAAGUGUUUGCAAUCCAAGAUGGAGGAAAAUGUCUCAUUACAAGAAAUUCUUACAAAGUUUUUGAUGGAAAUGGGAUCUUACAAGACUGUAAAAGUGACGGAAAAGGCGGACCAGAGACCAGUAACGCUUAUGUGAUAGGGAAAAUUAGCGAGCUUCGGUCUAUGUUGACCAUUAAUAUUUUAAACGAAGGAUGUUACAAGGACCUUCCUAUCCGUGCUAUGGAAAGUCUUGAAGGAAAAGACCCCAUACUUCUCGAUGGCAAUUACGCUUCAAGAGAUGAAGCAGUUCUUAAGUGCCUCUUGUUAGGAAGGAAACUUGGAUAUGCCGUGGUGGGUGUUCAAGAUGGUGGCAUGUGUGUUGGUAGCACCAAGGUGAAAACGUAUAAGAAAUACGGAGUAUCCCAUGAUUGCAGGGGGGAUAGGAAAGGAGGACCGUGGGCCAGUGAAGUAUACCUUAGCUUAACUAACCACAUCACUGAUUUUCUGGCCGGUGUUACCUACGAAUCUAAAGGCUGCUACAAAGACCAAGAAGCGAGAGCUAUUUCUUCUUUAGAAGGAAAAGACGUUCUUCUAAGUGAUAGCUAUACGGAGAGAGAGGAUGCUAUUCAAAAGUGUGCAGUGGCAGCCAUUAUACGAGGAUACAAAACAUUUGGAAUCCAAAAUGGUGGCAUGUGUGUUAGUGGCCCUAACGCGCACCAAACAUAUAGCAAAUACGGUGAAUCAAUGGAUUGUAAAAAUGACGGAGAAGGAGGACCUUGGGCCAAUCAGGUUUACAAUCUUGUGGGAAGGGUGGACGAUAUCUUUGAGAGUGUUCAUCGCUUACAUGUUGGAUGCUUCGAUGACAUGCAAGCACAGAGGAUUCCCAGUUUAAUGCAAGAUCCUGUAUUAAACAUUACCAUUACUUCAGAUGCGGAUUUUGGUGAAUCAGAUGCACAUCUUAAUCUCAGUCAACAAGAGAACCGAUUUAACGUGAAGUGUGCAUUAGCGACCUGGAGGAGAGGAUAUAAAGCAUAUGUUGUUACUGCUGACGGGCAGUGCGCCAGUGGUCCUGAUACGCACACCAACAUUGUCAAGUUUGGUUAUGGCUUAGAAGAGUGCUCAACCGUACCGGCGAACAAUAAGGCGUACCUUGUUGGUCCUAGUCCGUUUAUCCCACCCUUUGAAGGGUUACAUGUUGAGUAUGAGUCUGUUGGAUGCUAUGAAGACAAAAGAGAACGAGCUAUCGAGAAUGCUACUCCACUUGGUUACGAUCUGUUUGGUUACUAUAUCAACAAAAUGAAAGGAAAUGAAAUCCAGAAGUGCGCAUUAUAUGCAAAGCUGAUUGGGUACAAGGUGUUUGCGAUUCAAAAUGGGGGGGAGUGCCUUACCAGUGCCACGGCCCAUAAAACAUACAGUAAAUAUGGUGAAUCGCGGGUCUGUAAGGGCGAUGGAAAAGGAGGACCCUUUGCCAAUCAAGUGUAUCGUUUAUCUGAGAGAAAAGGAUGAGAGCGUGUGCCAAUGAGCUUUCUAACAGUUUGUGUGGCUCAUCUUUACAAAGAAAAAUGGAAAUUACGUCAUAAUACAUGGCAAUAAAGCUCUUGUUCAAAAAACUUAUUUU